GCUUCCAGGACAGAGCCGCACUUUUCGGUCUUGCUCUAAAACUUCCUUAGGCUGUUCUAGUUGUCGUAGCAACAGCUUAUCAUCGAGAGAAGAUAUGUCCCGAUUGAUGAUCAGAAUCUUCUUUUUCGGAGUUGCUUUGGCCUUUUUCGAGCUCAAUUCAACAACCGGGACACAAAGUCAAGAAAACCCUAGUUCUUUCGACACGAUCAAAGAUUAUUUGUUGACCUGGUCUCCAGAAGUUUCGUACUCAUCUCCAAAAUGGAAAAGAGCGAUGAAUCCAAGAAGUUUUGUGAUCAAGACACCAGAUGAAGCUCAAAAUAAAAGGUCUGUGUUGAAGAAAUUCCAUAAUUACCUUAUAACACUGAGAUCCUUAAAGAUGCCACAUUUACCAGGAUUACGCUCUCCAUCUUCUUUUCAUCAAAACUCCGAGGUGCGUUAGACAGCUUAGCAACUGACGACAGUAAAACCCCAGAAAGUUAGAAUAAUUUUAUCCAUAACCACGUUCACCAUAUAUGCUCAGUUAUAAAGUCGAUAGAUCAUAAAUAAAAGUGUAUUUAUUGUUUUUUAUGAAAAUGAAAUUAAUGUCCUGAUAACAAUAUUAAAAGUUGGAGAGAU